AUGUUUCCCCCAUUCGACUACUUUGCCUACCGUCGCAUACGGAACCAGAAACAAAGUGAACGAGAACUCCGGUUUGGAGGUCUUCCGCACCACUAUCACCUCCGAAUUGCCGCCGAGGACAAGAAGAUCAUCGACCAGCCCAUCGAGGAACUGGUUCAUGAUGUCCAAGAUUCGGCGGUCUCCCCAGUGGAUAUUCUCCGCACCUAUGGGAAGGUAGCCAAAAGGGCCCAGGAGCGGACCAACUGCGUGACCGAGGUGAUGCUGCCCGAGGCCGAGUCAUGGCUGGAGUCAGAAAUUAACCUGAAGGGUCCACUGGCCGGGAUUCCGGUCUCUUUGAAGGAUUCCAUUCACGUCAAGGGAUUUGAUGCAAGUGUUGGGUAUGCUGCUAUGGCUGGAAACCCCAUCUUGGAAGAUGGGCCGAUGGUACAGCUCUUGAAAGAUGCCGGCGCUGUUCCAUAUGUGAAGACUGCCCUACCAAUUACCCUGCUCUCCUUCGAGUCAGCUAACGGGCUUUGGGGCCAAUGCCGCAACCCGCAUGUCCCAGCGUACUCGCCCGGUGGCUCAACCGGCGGAGAGGCAGCAUUACUGGCCCAAGGUGGUCGUAUCGGUAUUGGAUCCGAUGUUGCCGGCUCAGUUCGCGUGCCCGCUGCCUGGAGCGGCAUCUAUUCGCUCCGCUGCAGCACUGGCCGCUGGCCCAAGGGCGGCGUGAGCACUAGCAUGCCCGGUCAGGAGGGCAUUCCUAGUGUGUUUAGUCCUAUGGCCCGCACUUUGGAUGAUUUAACCUAUUUCACUCGUGCCAUCAUUCGGAUGGAACCCUGGAAAUAUGAGCACACUGUACACCCCAUUGCCUGGCGCAGCGAGGUCGAAUCCGAGUCUCAAAAUAAGCCUCUUCGCGUGGGCCUGAUGAGCUCCGAUGGCGUUGUCCCUCCAACCCCGGCAAUUGAACGGGCCAUCGCAACGACUGUAGCCGCCCUCACCGAAGCCGGCCACGCCGUCUCUGAAAUCACCACCCCACCCAACGCAGACCCCUUCACAGGCCUGAACCUUGCCUCGCAACUCCUCAACUCAGAUGGCUGCCACCACUUCAACGCCAAGCUGAAGAGCUUCGAACCCUCUGACCCAGGUGCCAUCCAACUCUCCCGCAUCGCUCACCUUCCCCGCCCGGUCCGCUACCUCUACUACCUCUACGUGCGUUACAUCCGCCGCGACAAAGUCACUGCUACUCUCCUCCGCGACUUCGGCCCCAAGUCCUCCGCCCAGCUGUGGACCCUGACCGCCCAGCGUGAAGCCUUCCGCGCCGCCUGGCACAAGUGGUGGGAUGCCGAGUCUCAGCAAUUUGAUUUCAUUCUUUGCCCUGUCAACGCUACCCCGGCUCUCCCGCACAAGGCCAUGCAUGAUGCCGUCUCCUCGUGUGGCUAUACCUUCCUGUGGAACUUGCUCGAUUACUCUGCCGGCGUCAUCCCCGUGGGCCAUGUAGACCCUAUCCGCGACGCCCUCGCUACACCAUACAAGACUGCGCUCAAGCGCCUGGGUUGUGACCACGGCAUUGCUCGCGGUGCGUGGAAACACUACGACUCGGCCAAGAUGGCUGGUCUCCCCACCGCUGUGCAGAUUGUUGGUCGUCGCUGGCAGGAAGAACAUGUCCUCGGCUACAUGGCUGCGGUAGAGAAGGCACUGGAGCAAUACCAUGAUCCGCAGACCGGUGAGAGCUGUCGGUAUACACUACUGGAAAUUGAUUAA